GACGAGCCAAAGGAAGAACCACAAGUGAAGAAAUUCAAGGAGGAGAAGAGCAAGAACAAGGAUGGAGAGAAGAACAAGGAUAAGCAGAAUAACAGAAAGAAAACCAACAAAGACGAUGGAAGAAAUAAGGACGACAAGCAGAGAAUCACUAUGAUUCUGAAACAGGGUUUCCAUUGUGUAGACUGCGCAUCCAAAGUCAUGAAAUACAUUCGUGGUCUUGAGGGUGUUGAAUCUGUGAAUGGCGACAGCUGGGACCAGAACAGACUCACUGUGAUCGGAAAAGUAGAUCCCAUAAAACUCCAAGAAAUGGUUGAACAGAAAACGCACAAGAAGUUCACACUGUCCUGCGACGUCUGUCUAUUACCGGAGAAAGACGAGGACGACAACAAAGAGAAAGGUGGUGCUGGAGAAGAGAAUAGGAACAAAGAGGCUAAAGACAAGCCAAAGGCAAACCAAGAUAAGAAUUCCAAGCAACCGGUGACGACAGCAGUGCUGAAGGUGCAUUUGCACUGUGAACGGUGUGAAGGAUCUAUCAACAAGAUCAAGAAAAUAAUCAGCAAUAUGGAAGGGAAUCAUAAGGUGAUCAUAGACUGCGCACAGGAUCUGGUGAUAGUCAAAGGUUCAAUGGACAUGAAAGCUCUAGGCCAAUCACUGAAGCAGCAGCUGAAGAAAGACGUUCAGAUUGUUUUAACUAAGGAGGACGGCAAGGAAAAAGAAAAAAAAUGUGGCGGUGACAGUGGUGGAGAUGGUGAGAAGAAACGAAAAAGCGGUGGCAAGAAGAAAGAAAAAGGCAGUGGUGCAGAGGAGGAGAGUGGCGGAGAAGAAAAAAAGGGCAGUGAAUGUGGCAGUGAUGAUGACAAAGCAAGCAAAAACAAGGAAAGAAGCGGUGGUGAGAAGGAAAAGGAGGGCGGAGAUAGAAAAACUAGUGGUGAAGUUGGCGGAGAAGGUGGUGAACAGGUGGAGCAGUACUGGCAGAUGUUCAGUGAUGAGAACACGAAUUCAUGCUCCAUUAUGUGAAAUAUGGGUAUCCCCUUGAUCAUUCUAAACCAAAUCAUAAUUAAACUUAAAGUUGAUCAAUUAUUUUGAUUUCUUCAAUUGCAGAUGUUUCAAUUCUUAAUCACACUUGUCCGUCAUUUCCAU